AUGAUUCAUUCGCCGCAGAAACUGAUCAGGAAUGCCAAGUGCCCGGUGUUGGUGGACCCAAAAGGGGACGAUUGGUCAAAAUAUGCGGGAGCAUACUGCCUGAAGCCGAACCUCAAAGAGUUCGAGAAAGUCUGCGGAAGAUUCACAGUUAAAAACGCGAGAAAAGCUUUAAAAACGUACAAAAUUGAGGCAAUCCUUGUAACAUUGGGUCAAAAUGGUUUUACGUGGGUGACGCUUGAUAAUAAAAUUCAUAUCGGACCUACUGCGAAGAAGGUUGUCGAUGUCACAGGUGCGGGCGACACAUUCAUAUCCAUAUUCGCGUGCUACUUGAACGAAUCUGAUGUCAGGGAAACUGUAACAAUUGCGAAUACGGCAGCAGGCAUCGCUGUGGAACACUUCGGGACUUACGUAGUGACUAAACGAGAUAUUUGGGGUCAAAUCCAGCAUGAUGGGUUAGCAGGCACACCAAAUGAAGUGCAGCCCGUGAUUCCGUACAACCAUAGCAUUGGCACUACGCACGAUAUACUCCCAGUACAUAAAGUUACCCCAAUGCAGAAAUGUCAAGAAAAGGUUAGCCCUGAGGAGCAAGAAGAACAGUCAUGUAGAAGAGGUCAAGCCACGAAGGAGAAAUCAUUUGAAUCUGGGUGGAAGUCUACUAAUGGCGUAGAACCCAUGACAAACGCAUCUGAUCAAUCCAUAAUGACUCAUCAAAGUAAGAAGAAAGAGGUGGUUGUAUUCACCAAUGGAUGUUUUGAUAUCGUUCAUGUCACCCAUGUCAAUCUUCUACAGAAGGCAAAAAGGCCCUACGAUAAAUAUCACUAUGGAAAAACUACGAAAAUUAGUUGCGAGGCGUUUCUGCCGGUUUUCGGAAAGGAGCACUUGGAUAUCCGCUUGGGAGGCGCAGGAAAUGUGGCCCUAACCUGUCACCAUCAUGCUGAAGUUACCCUCGUUACUGCUUUUCUGGAAAACGACUGUCCAACAGUUCCGUUCAAACUUGUGAAUCUUCCUGGGAAAACAGUGACAACUGUGAAAGAAAGGUUCAUCAUAGGAGAAAAGCACGUUUUUCGCAGUGAUCAGGAGAAAUAUGAACCGAUUAACAUUGAUGAUGUGAACACAGACGGGUAUGAUGUUAUUUUGAUCUCAGAUUAUAACAAAGGUGUGAUUCAUUCGCCGCAGAAACUGAUCAGGAAUGCCAAGUGCCCGGUGUUGGUGGACCCAAAAGGGGACGAUUGGCCGAAAUAUGCAGGAGCAUACUGCCUGAAGCCGAACCUCAAAGAGUUCGAGAAAGUUUGCGGAAGAUUCACCGUUGAAAACGCGAGAACAGCUUUAAAAACGUACAAAAUUGAGGCAAUCCUUGUAACAUUGGGUCAAAAUGGUGUUACAUGGGUGACGCUUGAUAUUGAAAUCCAUAUAGGAGCUACUGCGGAGAAAGUUGUCGAUGUCACAGGUGCGGGCGACACAUUCAUAUCCAUAUUCGCGUGCUACUUGAACGAAUCAGAUGUCGGGGACACGGUAAAAAUUGCGAAUACGGCAGCAGGCAUCGCCGUGGGACACUUCGGAACUUACGUAGUGACUAAACGAGAUAUUUGGGGUCAAAUCCAACAUGAUGUGUUAGCAGGCACACCAAAUGAAGUGCAUCCCGUGAUUCCGUACAACCAUAGCAUUGGCACUACGCACGAUAUACUCCCAGUACAUAAAGUUACCCCAAUGCAGAAAUGUCAAGAAAAGGUUAGCCCUGAGGAGCAAGAAGAACAGUCAUGUAGAAGAGGUCAAGCCACGAAGGAGAAGUCAUUUGAAUCUGGGUGGAAGUCUACUAAUGGCGUAGAACCCAUGACAAACGCAUCUGAUCAGUCCAUAAUGACUCAUCAAAGUAAGAAGAAAGAGGUGGUUGUAUUCACCAAUGGAUGUUUUGAUAUCGUUCAUGUCACCCAUGUCAAUCUUCUGCAGAAGGCAAAAAGUCUGGGCGAUCGGCUCAUUGUAGGGUUGAACAGUGAUGCCAGCGUCACGCGGAUAAAACGAAAGCCAAUCAACAACCAGGAAAGGAGAAAAAUGUUGCUGGAGGCUUUCUCUUGUGUUGACGAAGUUAUCAUCUUCGACGAGGAUUCGCCACGGAAUCUCAUACUGAAGCUCAAGCCAGACAUCCUCGUAAAGGGAGGGGACUACGAGUUAGAAGAUUUGAGAAGUAGGCAUCUGGUGAAAAAGGCGGUGAUUAUUCCAAGUUACUGCGAGGUCACGACAUCAAGGAUCAUGAAGGAAUGUCAAAAGCGUCUGAUCGAAUCUGACUGCAAGAAGAAAGUACUACCAGAAGCAUACACCGAGGCAUUAGGGAGUACGGACUGGACAUGUACGCCAAGCAAAGAUGCAGAGACAUGCUUAGUCUGUGACCAGACAGACCGCACAAGUCAGCAAAUAGUACAAAAGAAGUGGGGUUUUGAGAAUAUUUUCGUUUCUAAUGCUUCUUAUGCGGGAAAAUUUCUGCAUUUUGAUAUUGCAGGUAGUAAAUUCUCGAUGCAUUUUCAUGCUAUGAAAACAGAAACUUGGUACGUCUUGAGAGGUUCCUUUCAUUUGGUCCUUAUAAACACUGCAGAUGCAUCAAGGAGGGUAAAGAGGUUGUUUCCAGGUGAUGUCUGGAAUAUAAAACCAUUAGAACCCCACCAGCUGAUGGCUAUGGAGGACCAUUCAGUUGUUGUAGAAGUUUCCACUGCUGAUCUUAAAGACGAUAACUACAGAGUAGAAGCUGGUGAUAGCCAAAUGUAGGCUUCAGUUGAUGCUGAUGGUCAUGCAGUACCAUUCUUUUGUUGUAGUAGCUUCUAAAAAGAGGAGAACUCGUGGGAGGAGAAUUACCUUGGUCUCUCAGAACAUGUCAUUAUAUUUGGAGGUCUUUGUAUGAAAUCAUCACAUAUUUAAUCGGGUCAAACUUCAGCAGCAGAUCUUGCCUGUACAGGCAAGAUCGAUCUACUGCUGAAGAUAGACAUAUGUGAUGAUUUUAUGCAUAAAGCUCAAAAUCGAAAAUGUCAGAUAGUUCAAGAUACCUGUCGGCCCACGAACUAUAAGGAAAACUAUGUGAUAACCAAACGUAGGCUUCAUUGUUGACAACGACCAUUCAAGUUUUGUAAAGAAGCUUAACGAAGACAACUCUAUAGUAGAAGUUGUUGACCAUGACCAUUUAGUCGUUGUAGAGUAAAAGAUGCCCACAGCCUGCUGUUGGCUCCGGUCUUCGUUAACUCAACAGAAGUAAAAGUCAUAUAAGAUGUUCUGAUUCAACAUGUUUAAUAUUAUUAACCUCAUCAUGUUUAGUCAAAACCUAGUGUAGCUGGUCAUAUAACACCAUUUAUUUGCAUCAUCCCCUUCACUUUAAAGGUAUUUUUAAUGGAAUUUUAGCCUAGCAUAUUCAGUAUUACAUUCAAAGAGGUUUUCAGGAGAAUUCAACAUGGCGUUAGAUAUAUAUAUGUAUCAUUUAAUUAUUUAUUACAUUUAUUUCGCUAUUUACCUUAAUUGAUAUUUUUGCACAGAUAUAUAUGGGUAUUAUUUAAGCGUUUCAUAAUUAAACACUCUAAAUACAAGCGAAUCGUAGAUUUAUCUCUCUGAUUGUACUCUUUGCCCCUUUUCCCACCCAUAGUGGUGCACAUGAUAGGCAAAAAUACAUUUUUUUAAAUCGAUAUCAUUAUUGCUUGAUGGUGGAUUUGUCAAAUAAGGUAUACUAAAAUAUUUGCUUUGUCAGUUUAAUUUGAUUGAAACUUAUUAUAAAAAUAAAUCGAUAUCAUUAUUGCUUGAUGGUGGAUUUGUCAAAUAAGGUAUACUAAAAUAUUUGCUUUGUCAGUUUAAUGUGAAUGAAACUUAUAAUAAAAAAAAGUCGGAGUAUACCAUCUUGGCCUCAUGGUCUGUUGGUUUGAAUCUCUUUGUGGAGAAUGUCUUUAUCAAACUAACACAUAACAUAUUGACAACUGAUGAUAGAUAUUGCAUAUAUAAAAAAUUAUACUGUAGAAGUACAAUAGAUAUUAUACACGUUAUACUGACUACUGUAUACUGUAAUGCACUGUAUUGAAAUAUGAAUGUUUAUACUACAAAAAAAAUGAAUAUAUUAUAUACAGUGUCUACUAACACACAUGCCGUCAAACCAAUUUUUUAUAUAUGUUUAUUCCAACCACUAAACGUUUGUUUUUGAUGAAUAGAAUAAAGUUAUAUAAACAAUAUUCAACUGUGAAAGCAUAUAUGCAAUGGCACAACAGUUAUCACUGCUUAUUUUACAAGCAGCGAUACAAUAUACAUAGAACGUUUCUUUAAUUCAAAGGUUGUGAUAAAAAAUGCUGAAUUUUUUUUACUGUUAUUGCAUUAAAGGAACAAAAAUUCUAAAAAAGAAAUGGCACCUCUAUUUAUUAAUACUUUUUAUUAAGUUAGUGGGCUAUGUUCAAACACAUUAGGUUACACUAGCGUGAAGCCGGUCUCGCUUGUUGUGAUUUUGCCUACGAUAGCUGCGAUGACACACAAUUUGUCAAAACUCUAAAUCGUGUUGUAAACAUAAAACCUCUCACACCUUGCCCCAACUGCCGCGCACCACCAGACGAUUUCAGACUGAGUGUGUCCUAAUUUUUAAUAAAGAAUCGCAACGUGUGAGACCGACUUUACGUUGUGCAGCGUGGUGUGCACCAGUUUGUUUUUAGGUAAUAAAUGCAACGAUUACGGCAUAAGUGUUCAGAAAAGUAAAUUGUUUUGAUCUGUGUCAUCAGAAUUUAAAUAGAAAAGUCAUUAACAAAUCCUUGCCAAAAGUGCAUAAUAAAACUCUUCA